UGGCCCAGAGCGAGCCCCGCCCCCUGGCCGAGAAAGGGCGGGAGCGAGGGAGCCGGUCGCUUCCCUCCAAGGACGACGAUGCGGCCCCCUUUUCUCCCCGCAGCAGCAGCACCGCCACCACCAGCCGCCACCCCCUUGGCGCUGCUCCUGCUGCUGUUCUGCAAAGUUCUGGCCCCACUGAUUCCUGGUCCCGAAGACGAAUGUGGAACAAGGCCUCUUAUGGAUGAAAAAGUGGCGGAGACUCGGAUUGUAGGUGGACACGAUGCUCAGCUUGGGGCUUGGCCAUGGCAAAUUAGUCUUCAGGCUUUUGACUUCAGCAUGGGAUAUCAUCAUAUAUGUGGUGGAUCUCUAAUUAAUAACAACACAGUGCUGACAGCAGCACACUGUGUUAUGGAACGGCUAGACCCAUAUUUUUGGAGGGUUGUGAUUGCAGUGAAAAAUCUUUAUAGACACAAGCCUCCAACGGUAGUAUCCAGGAUCCGUAGUAUCAUAAUGCAUUCUAAUUUCAACCGAAGUUCCCUUGAAAAUGAUAUUGCCUUGCUUCGACUAAUGAGCUAUAUUCCAUACAAUGACUAUAUCCAGCCAGCUUGCUUACCUAAAGCUUCUCUGGCCGUGACUGAUGAGAACCCAUGUUAUAUCUCUGGAUGGGGAGCGAUCAUACUUGGAGGUCUACACAAACAUAUAUUACAGGAAGCUCAAGUGGACAUAUUCCCACUAGACAUCUGUAAUCAAGCUGACUGGUAUGCAGGAUUCAUAACCCAGAAUAUGGUUUGUGCUGGCACUGAAAGUGGAAUUAUCGGUGGCUGCCAGGGAGACAGCGGUGGACCUCUGAUGUGCUAUUUCCCAAAUGUCACCAAGUAUUAUGUGUUGGGAGUCACCAGUUUUGUCAGUUCUGAAGGCUGUUCCACACCAAAACGUCCAACAGUCUAUAUUGGUACAGCUAAUUACAGAGACUGGAUAGAGUCACAUCUUGCCAUUAACAAAAAUAAUGCUGCAAGCAUUUCAUAUCUUUUUAUCUUUUUGACUGUAGAGUGGGUAGCCUUGCAUCUUGUUGUAUGAAGAGGCAAAGUCUUACACUGUACCAAAAGUUUAUCUUGCUUUUAAAAUGUAUUUUCCUGUUUGAACAAAUAACUGCAGCAAUAUUUAUUAUUUUAGUAACUAAAAUUGUAUCUUCUAGAAGCCCAAACAACAGUUAUGUAUGUGUUUUACUGACUAUAAAUUGCGUGAUGCUAAUCUUAUUCUUCAGCAAGCUAAACCAAGGGAUCAAACAUGGUUUAAGCCCAGUAAUUUAGAAUAUGAUAGAAAUGUUUUUCCUCCAGCAAGAAGACAAGUGAUUAUUCUAAGGAUAGUGGUUAACAUACCACACAGUGAAACAUUAGCAGUGGAUCACCACCCACUCUGUUGAGUGUGUGUAGCUGAAUGCAGAUGUCAUUUAUAAAUAUUCUUAUACAAUAUUUCUUGACCCCUUCAAACUGUUUUUCUAGAGAAUAUGUGUGAAGGUAUAUAGUAGUAGUAAUAAGUUUGUUGUUGUAACUACUGGUUGUAACACAACUUACUUUUUUAAGGUUGAAAUAAAACCCAAUAUACAAUAAAAUUCAGCAAAUAAUGA